UGAGCACGCAGGUUCGAUCUACGUAGCGAUGCUGCGACGUGGACUCUCGGUUGCCAUCGGCAUGUUUGUGGGCGGGCUCUGUGCUCUGCUAUUGCCGUACCUUUUUCCGCGAUUCCUCAAACUGAAAAAAGCACGCCACGAGAUCAUCCAAAACACGCAGGAAGCGGUUGGCAGUUGUUUUCAGGUGCUGCUGGGCGGCUUCCGCAAGUACAUGAAGAACCAAGAGUACCGCUUGCGCCUCUUGGAUGGUAUACAAGUCAAUAGAGAC